AUGGCGCGAAGCCACACGCGCAUUGGACGAACCCGGCGUCCCUCCCGCCAGGCCUCGCUUUUAAGCCUCUCCCUCGUACUCGCGCUUGUCACGCUCUCUGUAGCCCUCGUUUCCGCGUCCGUGAAUCCCGCACGCCCACGCUCACUGCUCGCCUCGGCACUAGCAGACUUCAAAUCGCGCGGCGAUUUGAACGGCAACGGUAACGGCGGCUCGAGUCCCAAGCCAGGAGUAGGCGCGGCGUCCGUUAAUCCAGGCGGCCGUGCCGCGCGGCUUCACAUGCUGUCGAAGGAGCAGACGCGAGGUCGUUGCCUGGACGGGAGCAUGCCGGGGUACUACCUUCGCGAGGGAUACGGCACGGGCGCCAACAAGUGGAUCCUCUUUAUGGAGGGCGGUGGGUGGUGCUUCAGUGCGAAGCAGUGCGCCAACCGCGCGAUGACGGACCUCGGAAGCUCCGUCAACUGGCCUUCCGUCAGCGACGUGCAUUUCGGCGGAGUCGCGAGUCCCGACGCGGGGAUCAACCCCCAGUUCUACAACUGGAAUGUUGUCCUCGUAAAGUACUGCGACGGCAGCUCCUUCACCGGCGGAUCCGGCAAGAAGAACAAGACGGAUGAGACUGGCAAGACGCUCUACUACCGUGGGCACUGGAACUUGAACGGCGUGCUUCAAGAUCUGCUGGACAAUCAGAACCUGAACCACGGGGAGGAGGUUCUGGUGGGGGGUUGCAGCGCGGGCGCGGUGGCGGUGUCGAUCAAGUGCGAUCAGAUUGCCACGUGGCUCAAGGAUUACGGCGUUAAAACCAAGUGCUUCAUGGACGGAGGGUUCUUCCCAGACGUGGUGGAUGUGAAUGGCGAGCGGUCGCUGCGGGAGAAGGUGCAGCGACUGGCAGAGCUGCAUGACAUCGAUCGGAUUGGGAUCAACGGCGACUGCAAAGAUGCCAUGGAACCAAGUGAUUCCACGUGGAAGUGUUUCUUCCCCGAAUACAAUCUCAAGUUCGUCAAAUCGCCAAUGUUCGUCGUGAAUUCGCUGGUGGACUACAAGGCCGUCGCGAUCGCCAUGUCGCCAAAGGCGAAGGGGAAAGCCAACCCGCUUGUGCGCUGCCUCGGUUCCCACUUCAAAAAGUGCACCCCGCAGCAGAUCCAGCAGCUACAGUACUUCUCCAGCAACGUAAAAAACUCGUUAAACAGCGUGCAGAAAAACCGGCAAGCAGCGGGGGUUCCGUUUGAAACGUUCACAUUCACUGAAUCUACCCACUGCGUGGUGGGAGACCAAAUGUGGCAGAAGCUUCAGGAUGACGUUGCAGGCGGCUCGGGAGGAGGGAAUGGUGUGGCUGGUGCUGCGUCUACUGGUAUCAGUCCCACCAACAAGAAACCUAAUUUGGCGGGAUCCUUCAAUAGCUGGUAUCACUAA